AAACGAGCACGUCGUUCAGUCAGCUGACCUGUCUUGUGAUAGCAGCCAGGCGAGCCUGUGAAGCUUGACUUGCUGCUGUAGAUUGGAGUUCGAUACGUUUCACGUUUCUUGUUUGUUGGGUUUGCUUAAAUAAGUGUUCACAAUGAGUCGUGGAUUGAAAACGAUUGGCAAUGAAGAGAGGGAGAGAAAAUUCGGCUAUGUCUAUGCAGUGUCUGGACCUGUGGUCACUGCUGAGCAAAUGUCAGGAUCAGCUAUGUACGAACUGGUCAGAGUAGGAUACAACGAAUUAGUAGGAGAGAUCAUUCGUUUGGAAGGUGACAUGGCAACCAUUCAGGUGUAUGAAGAAACCAGUGGUGUAACUGUAGGUGAUCCAGUCCUACGUACAGGGAAACCACUGUCCGUAGAACUUGGUCCUGGUAUCCUUGGCAGUAUUUUUGAUGGUAUUCAAAGACCAUUGAAGGAGAUCCAUGAACUGACAGGUUCUAUCUACAUCCCAAAAGGUGUUAAUACACUUGCAUUGUCGAGAACUACUGCUUGGGAAUUUAAUCCGUGUAACAUUAAGAAUGGCAGCCACAUCACUGGCGGAGACCUCUACGGUAUCGUUUAUGAAAAUACAUUGGUCAAACAUAAAAUGAUCCUGCCACCCAAGAGCAAGGGUACUGUUACGUACGUCGCACCUGCUGGCAAUUACACCGUUGAAGAUGUUAUCUUGGAAACAGAAUUCGAUGGUGAGAGACACAAGCACAGUAUGCUUCAAGUGUGGCCUGUACGUCAACCACGUCCAGUCACUGAAAAACUACCAGCUAAUCAUCCUCUGCUUACUGGUCAACGAGUCUUGGACUCCCUAUUUCCCUGCGUUCAAGGUGGUACCACUGCUAUUCCCGGUGCCUUCGGUUGCGGUAAAACUGUAAUUUCGCAAGCUCUGUCCAAGUAUUCGAACUCCGACGUUAUCAUCUACGUCGGUUGCGGAGAACGUGGUAAUGAAAUGUCUGAGGUAUUGCGAGAUUUCCCGAAACUGACGGUUGAAAUCGACGGAGUCACCGAGUCUAUCAUGAAACGUACAGCAUUGGUUGCGAACACUUCAAACAUGCCUGUAGCUGCUCGUGAAGCUUCUAUUUAUACAGGUAUUACUCUGUCGGAAUACUUUAGGGAUAUGGGUUACAACGUAUCCAUGAUGGCUGAUUCAACAUCACGUUGGGCGGAAGCUCUUCGUGAAAUCUCAGGACGAUUGGCUGAAAUGCCUGCUGAUUCCGGUUAUCCGGCCUAUCUCGGUGCUCGUUUGGCUAGCUUCUACGAACGUGCGGGAAGAGUCAAAUGUUUAGGUAAUCCUGACCGUGAGGGUUCCGUCAGUAUAGUAGGUGCUGUAUCACCGCCUGGUGGUGACUUGUCUGAUCCGGUUACCAGUGCAACUCUUGGAAUCGUCCAGGUGUUCUGGGGUCUGGACAAGAAACUUGCGCAACGUAAACACUUCCCAUCCAUUAAUUGGCUUAUAUCAUACAGUAAAUAUCUUCGUGCUCUAGACGACUUUUAUGAUAAGAAUUUCCCAGAAUUCGUUCCCUUGAGAACAAAAGUAAAAGAGAUCCUCCAGGAGGAAGAGGAUCUUUCAGAAAUUGUACAGUUGGUCGGCAAGGCUUCUCUGGCCGAAACAGAUAAAAUUACUUUGGAAGUUGCAAAACUGCUAAAAGACGACUUUUUGCAACAGAACAGUUACUCGCCAUAUGAUCGUUUUUGCCCAUUCUACAAAACUGUCGGAAUGUUACGAAACAUGAUAUCGUUCUACGAUAUGGCAAGGCACGCAGUCGAAUCUACGGCACAAUCAGACAAUAAAAUAACGUGGAAUGUUAUUAGGGAUAGCAUGUAUAAUAUUCUCUAUCAAUUGAGUUCCAUGAAGUUCAAGGAUCCGGUGCAAGACGGCGAAGCGAAAAUCAAAGCCGACUUCGACCAACUGCACGAAGAUAUUCAACAAGCAUUUAGAAAUUUAGAAGAUUAAUUAUCAGAAGCACUCAUACAAGUAUAAGUUCUCUACGUUCAGGAACCUUAUGCUGGUCAUUUAAGGAUGUCCUGGAUCUAUCAAAGAGAAAUGUAACAAGCAUUCAUAAUUACGUAUCGCGUAUUACGUUGUUAUGUUAUUCCCGAAUGAUUACAAAAAGAAAUUGUAUAUAUAAGAAAAAGUUACAAAUAUAAAGUCUUCUAUAAUUGUAUGUGUAUCAACUUAUUGUUUAAGCGGGAGAUCGUGCGUGAUGGCUGAAACUAUAAAGUUGUAGGAUGUCCUUAAAUGCAUUUCCAGCUUCUAUAAAUACACGUUAUACAUAUAUAUAUAUACAUAAAUAUAUACGUUAAGUGGCAUAACAAGUUACUUUAAAUUCUUUUGAAAGUUUUACGCAAUUAGUUGAAUUGUUGAAAGAGGCAACGUAUUCGCUAGCGAAUUAAGCUUUUAAUCAUUUUAUCCGUCGCAAGUGGAAAGUUAAUUACGAAAGGAACUUCUGUAUGUAUGUAAAAUGAAAGUACGAGCAUGUAAGAAGCCAGUGUAAGAAGCUUUCCAGUCAUCCGUAAUUGUUUCGUGAAAAAAAAGGCAAUUGCUUCAUAUUUUGCUAUAUCUUGGGAUGAUAUGAUAGCUUUUUACCGAAGAAUGGAACUACACUCAAAAAGUAUUAAACAUUGUAUUAUAAUAGUGUAUUAUGUAAAAGCGUUAAGUGACGAGUGCAAAUGUUACGUAAAAGUAGAUGUUUUAAACGUUGAAAGCAUUGAUAUAUGAUCUAUUAAAGAAAAGUGUCAAAAUGUUAACUGUUGGGGUGCAGGGCCUUUCUUUGUCGUUAAACAGAAAAUAUGAAAAUAAUGCAUCGCGGGCAGUGUUUCAGUAACUUCGACAUUUCCAUUGUAUCAUAUGUAAAAAAAACAAAUAAACAUUAUCCGCAUAAAAAAAAACAGAUUUUCUUCAAGAUGAAGACUAAAGAAAGACAGCAGUAUAUUUCGAUAAAUUUUGUUUUAAUAAUAAUAUUAUUAUAAUAACAAUAACCUUCGCGGUAUUUACAUCAACGAUAUAUUACAAAUCAGUAUUUUACUUAACUCGCUUGUUCCAACGCUUAGCGUUCGAAAUUUUCUCGUAUUGAAAAAAAUAUGUUUAUUGCUACAUGCAUACGCAGAUGCAUAUGUACACACAUGUAUACGUGUAUAUGUACAUUACAUAUGUAAAUAUACAUACAUACAGA